UUUGUUUGUUCUCUUGUUUUCUUUCUUUCUUUCUUUCUUUUUUUUUUUUUAUAACAUUCUUUUCUUUCAUUUUAUUAGAAUAAAGUAUACCUUUUAAUAUGACUCGAGGAGUAGCUCGUAAAAAAUUAGUUGUUGUAGGUGAUGGUGGAUGUGGAAAGACAAGUCUAUUAGUUGUAUAUCAAAAGAAAGCAUUUCCUCAACGAUAUGUUCCUACUGUUUUCGAAAAUUAUAUUGCAAAUGUACCUUUAGACUCAGGGAAGAUUGUAGAAUUAGCGCUAUGGGAUACAGCUGGACAAGAAGAUUAUGAUCGAUUACGGCCUUUAUCAUAUCCUGAAACAGAUGUUGUUCUUAUUUGCUUUGCUAUCAAUCUUCGUACAUCAUUUACAAAUGUUUUGGAUAGGUGGCUACCGGAAGUAACUCAUUUCUGUGAAAAUGUACCAAAGUUAUUAGUUGGCACAAAAUUGGAUUUUAGACAAAAUCAGGAAGAAAUUAGAAGAUUAGGUUUAGUAGGACAAAGAUUAAUCACGGUAGAAGAGGGAGAACAAUUAGCUAAAGAAAUUGGAGCAAAAUAUUAUGAAUGCAGUGCGAUGAAAAAUAUUAAUGUGGAUGAAGUGAUUGAAGCUGCAACAAGAGCCGCUGUUGCUGGUGGCAUGAGGAAACUACAUAAAAGACUUUGUAAAAUUCUCUAAUAAUCGUUUUAAUUUUAACUCCUCUUUACGCGUAUAACUUUUACUUUAUUAUAUCUAUUUAUAUUUGUGUCUGUGUGUGUUUAUAUUCAUUUUAUAUAUCUACUUUUUUAUAUAUAUUUUUAUCCACAUUCCCUUCUUCUUCUUUAAAACAAUAUAUCAUCAAUUUGUAUUACAAGGUUUUUAAAUAAAUCAUUUUGUUAUCUUUCCUUCUAUGUUAGCUUAAUUAGUUUCCUUUUUUUUUUAGUAUAAUUAUUAUUUUAGCGGUAUUUUCUACUAUGAUACAUAAUAUUAAAUUAUGCGCAUUAUUCGACGUUAU